AUGUAACAUAUUACCAUGUAAUGAUAUAAUUUAAUAAUCUAACUGAAUCAUUGAUUUUGCUUCUGUGACAAGCUUUCAAUAUGGCUUUGCAUGGCUUGUGUCAAGGGAGUAGCAGGAGAUGGACCAAAAUGCAGGACACAGCAGCCAGAAUGAACUGAAGAAUGUCUUUUUAAUAAAGAUUCAGGUGUGCAGGCACAACAAAACAGAACAAAACCAAACUGAACAGAGCAGAACAGUACAGAACAAAGGAUCCAACAAGACUGAACUGAAAAACAGGACUUAAAUACAAACUGAACUACUGAAACAACAGGCGACAGGUGUCAGGACACAAGGGCAGACUGGGAGCUGAUUGGCUGGGGCUGAUUGGCUGAUUGGCUGGGGAGGGAAAACAGAGACACAGGAGGAAACCAAGAAACCAGAAAACACAAUCCUCAUCAUAAUCCAUUGACAUACAUAAACCAGUCCAAGAACACACAUGAAUACAAAUGCAUUUUGGUUCCAGGAUGUUAGGCAUCCUACCAGGCAGCUAAUCACCAGUUCACCUCUUUCUGCAACUAGCAAAAAUCAGUGCUAAGCAGUGGCAGUCACUCUAAUGACAUCUAGUGGCAGAUUACAGAACUUUGAAUUUAGCCACUGUCAUGUUGGAGUUAUCGCCAUAGGGGUUAUUUCCACUACUUAAUACUUCGAUUUUUACUGUUAUAUCACUCUGUAAAGCAUUUUGAACUGCUCGUUUGAUACAGAUGAACUUGACCAUUUAUGGUAAUUUCUAUAUGUUUGUAUAUUUUUGCACUAUAUUGUGAUAUGGGUUUUUUUUUUCAUGUGCUUGUUUGGUCACCUGUGCAUCAGUUUCUUCUUUGGCUUCAUCCUUUGCCUCAAUCUAGCCACUCAAGCUCCAAGACAUGACAACAUGGUAGCAAUCAUAAGCAUAUUCUUUUAUACCAUGUGUUGCUCACAAUGUCUAUAACAAAGUGUCCUUGUGCUGUCAUUUUUUGCAUAACUAGCUGUGUGUGUGUGUGUGUGUAUUUAGUAUGCAGUAUUACACGCUGCCGCCCUCCUACAUCCCUGUGUAUGAGCUCCAGAGACAAAAGCUAGCCAGUCAUAGUAGAAGUCAGACACGGACUACUCGCAUCAUCUCGAUUUACCACCAACAAACACACAAAAGAACAUCAACACACCAUCUGUGGACAUCUGAUUGCUUGACUAUUGGUUAAAAAGUAAGUUUUAUGGAGCUCAUAGAAUUUUGCUGCAUAUACCAAGGGAAACAGAUCCAGGUGGAGUAGGUGUCACUUGUCUUAUUCUUUAUUUACUUAUAUUGCACAAUUUUGUGUCAUCCAGUACUACUUUUCAAUAAUUUCAAUUGUGUUCAUAUUAAUUUUAAAUGUGCUUCUACAUCAUACAAGUACAUAUACUAAAAAGCAAUGUCAUCUUUACAGUAUAUUCCUAUGUAGGCGUUAAAUGAGAAAGGACACUGAAGAGAAGAAGAGGAUUCAUCGAAGAACAACACAUCCUACUGAAUGACUGAGGACAUACUGUGUGCAGUUUUUACAACUGCUCAAGACAUUUUCACAUUGAGUACUUGACUCUCAGUAACCUGCAAGAAACCUCUGUAUCUUCUGUAAGAAAAAGUUUAUUCUGGGUUUUCUUGGGAACAUUCUUUCAGAUCUACAGCUUUCUUAAGUUUCUUCAGCGACUAUGGUGUCAACAGGUCUUCAGGUGCUGGGCUUGGUGCUGGCUGUGCUGGGUUGGGUGUGUGGGGCGCUGGUGUGUGCGGCUCCUCUGUGGCGUGUGUCUGCCUUCGUAGGUGGAGAGCUGGUGAUUGCCCAGGUUUUGUGGGAAGGACUGUGGAUGAACUGUCUGUCUCAGACCACGGGCCACAUCCAGUGUAAGAGCUAUGACUCCACCCUGGCCCUGCCCAAGUCUGCCCAAGCUGCCCGGGGCCUCACUGUUCUCUCCCUGCUGCUCUGCAUGCUGGCCCUCAUGCUCGGGGUGGCAGGGGCCAAGUGUACUCACUGCAUGGGUGACGGUAACCAGGCCUCCAAGGCGCGACUGGCUAGGAUAGCAGGGGUGCUCUUCCUUGUGGCUGGCCUGGUCUACUUGAUACCCAUCUGUUGGACUGCUUAUGCGAUAAUCAAGGACUUCUAUGAUCCAAACGUUGCAGCACCUUUAAAGAGGGAGUUGGGACCAGCACUGUACCUGGGCUGGGGGGCCAGCGUGCUUCUCCUGCUGGGGGGUGUUCUGCUACAUGUCGGCUCCUCUCCAGCAGGAGGAAUAGCGCUGCCUGUUUACGGAGGAGCAGCAAAGGACAACCCACGUACAGGGGCGGCAGGAGAGGUGAAGCAACAGGAAAAAUCUUUUGUAUAACAUGAUUUUAUUGAACAUGUGAGGUACAAACAAACACAGAAGACACAACUUUGUCAGACAAGCCUGUGGAAAUUGCAAGGUGACGGUACAUUGGAGAAUAUUCAGUCUAUAUUAUGUGCUAUAUUGGUUUUCUGAUGAAGAUGAGUAAAUGAAUUCAAUAACAAGUAUCUAAGGGUUUUUGGUAGAACAAUAUUUUGUGCUUUGCUUUGUGUCAGUGUGGGUGUUGAAAUGAAUUGUGGGAGGAUUUUAGAUGUUUAGAUGUUUACUAAUGUGUGUGACUUACAUUUCUCAAAUUCCACUCUGCCUCUGCUUGUUUGUGUGCGUGUGUGUGUGGGUGGUGUGUGUACAGAAGGCCAGUGUACAUAGUACAUCUGUGUAUGCUUGUGUGUUCACUGAAAAUGUCUGUGGGCAGUCAAACUGCCGCUCUUUCUUGUG